AUGCCCUCAGAUUGGGACUGGCCCGCGGUGCGGCGUCUGCCGGGGAUUGGGAACAUAGGAGCGCGGGCUGGUGGGGGGCGGCGCGGCCGCCCGCUAGCCGCGGCCAGCCGCCUGAGCGGGGUGAAUCGGAUGGGCCGGGCCGCGGAUGAGAGGGCGCGGGGCCGCGUCUGGGCAGGCAGCACCGCGCCGCUCGCGGGCGCUGCCUGCUGCGACCUCAUGGGUGGCGAUCCCUGGCGGGGUCGCCCGCCUGGCGACCGGUGGGGGAUGACGGCGUGGUGUGGCUGCCCGCAGGCGAUGGCGGACAGCGACCCUAUCAGAAAUCGGCUCGAGGUUUGGGAGGGCGGCGUCCCGUCGCUGCCGUCCUUGGAUCAUGGGAAGGUGUCCCAGCUGUCGGCCGCGGAUUUCAAGGUCGUCUUCAAGUCCGGCAGCUUUUGGCCGUACCCCGCUGAUGCAGUGAAGAGCAUCGCGGUUGGAGCGCUGGGGCGCUGCGGGAAACAGUCAGAACGACUUUGCGCAUGCUACCCUGGUGCAUGCACCUGCUCCGCCACGAUCCUGAACAACACGUCCUGCACAUCAUCGGAGCAAGAGAGUGGCGAUGGCUGUGAAGAGACAACUGCGGCACAGAAAAAGAAGACUCGGAGGGGGACCAAGGCUGGAAGGCAGGUGAAGGAGAGGCGGAUAAAAGCUACCGCCAAGCGAGAAGCCAAGGCGUACGCUGCGCUGGCCACCCCAGCGUUCAAUGCACCGCCCCCUCCUCCCUUUGGCUACAUUGCGCCACCCAUAACGGUCCCACCCCCGUUCCACCUGGAGGUGGAUGAAACUUCCGAGGGCGUAGCCACAUUGCCACAGGGCUUGCUUGAGCCCCUGGUCAACAGAGAAAAGGAAUAG